AUGACAAACUUUGAGGUUGCAAAGGUAUUCACUGAAAUCAACCUACAUAAGCCGAUCGCUGAAAUUGUUUGUGCUAAAUUUGAAUCAGGAGAAACUGCCAGAGUGGAAGUCUAUUGUCCCCAAUUGCCACCUAUUUAUAAGAUGUGCAAUGAAACUAUAUUGUCCCACACCGUCAAAAGAUGUCCGAAGGCUCCUCCUCUUUGCCAACACUGCAAGAAUGCGUACCAUGAUCAGGAGCUCUAUCCGAUGAAAAUUAUGCUAAAGCAGAAAGUAAAGGACCCUGAGGAUAAGGGAAUGCUCCUAAAGGGUAAAGAGGUUGGAAAACAGAACAACAGUGGGAAUGAAAUCUCAAAGCCUCAUGAUAAACCGGUACUAGAUUCAACAAAGGUGAUCGAACCUCCAAAGGAGAAGGAAGAAGGAGAGUUCACAAUUAUUGUUUCUAAGAAAAAAAAGAAAUCGAAGCAGACAAAGGGCUCUUCUACUGAUGAUUCUUUGUCAGUGGAAGGGCUUACCCUUCACGGUAAAUAA